AUGGCAACUCUUGCCCAUCCAAAUUACGGUUUUUCGCUACCAACGGGCUUUGAAAUGCCCUCAUCUGGAGAUUAUUCUCCUCAAUCAUCACACAGUCCGGAUUCCAACAUGCAACGUGGCCUGCCCUUCCCUGGUUUAACUGCCCAAACCCAUCAAGCACAACAUCACAUGAGUCCCGCAGAUGCCCACAUCAAACGUCCCAUGAACGCAUUUAUGGUAUGGUCUCGUUUGCAACGUCGCCAAAUUGCCAAGGACAACCCAAAGAUGCACAAUUCUGAGAUUUCUAAGCGUUUGGGCGCCGAAUGGAAACUACUAACGGAAUCACAAAAACGUCCCUUUAUCGACGAAGCAAAGAGAUUACGAGCACUUCACAUGACCGAACAUCCCGAUUACAAAUAUCGCCCGCGUCGCAAGCCCAAAAAUCCCUUGGCGAAUGCACCAAAUGGCUUACAAGGACUGACAAACGCGAACAAAAAUCAAAUCAACUCUUCGUACAAUCCAUUCCAUCAAUUUCCACAAUAUUUCGCACAAUCAGCACAUCCAAUGGAAAAUUAUUCCGUGCCAUAUUUCGGAGGAUUUGAUCAUUUGGCAUUCACAAAAUUGCAUCAAUCGCAACAAGUGGCGCAGCAACAACAACUUUUGGAAGCACAAAAGACGCCUCAAGUUCCCACCACACUGAAUUCAUUCUACUCGGGAAUUUAUUCGGGCAUUUCGGCGCCAUCGCUGUACGCGGCUCACUCACAAAACUUCUAUAGCUCAUCGACGACCAGCAGUGUGUCGCCUCGAUCGUCACCCGGAUCACAAACAACACUGCCCGAUAUCGAUAGUUCAUUACGGAGGCCUGUGCCUGUUUUAUACUAA